AUAGCUCUCGAACGUAACGAGGGUUAGGGCUGUUCUGGUAGUUUGGUCGGUGGUUACAUUUCUUCUCAAACCUCAAACCUCAAUAAAAAUCAAAAAUGGCUCAGGAGGAUCCCGAUCCAUCUCCUUAUCUUUACGUUUCUAUGGAACAGAAACGUAAAGAUCAAACAAAACCUUACGAUGGCAAAAAGAUGGUAUGGGUGGCCGAUGAGAAGGAAGGUUACGUCUUGGGUCUAAUCAAAGAAACUAAAGGAGACAUGUGCACAGUCGAAAUCGAAGGUCAAGAGAAUCGAGUUGUGAAGAAAGAUUUACUGCAACAAGUCAAUCCUCCGAAAUACGAAAAAGCUGAAGAUAUGUCUAACUUGACAUACCUGAAUGACGCUAGUGUACUUCAUAACUUGAGACAACGAUAUUAUGCCCAGCUUAUCUAUACCUACUCAGGCUUGUUCUGCGUCGCUAUCAACCCCUACAAGAGGUUCCCUAUCUACACUCCUCGUUGCAUGGGUCUGUACAGAGGCAAAAGGCGUACUGAAGUGCCACCUCAUCUAUUCGCCAUUUCUGACGGCGCUUACACCGCUAUGUUAGCAAAUCGUGAAAACCAGUCUAUGCUUAUUACCGGUGAAUCUGGUGCCGGAAAAACUGAAAACACGAAGAAAGUAAUUGCGUACUAUGCAAACGUCGGAGCUUCCACUAAGAAAGGAGAAACUAAGAAAGGACCCAGUUUAGAAGAUCAAGUCGUCCAAACUAACCCUGUUCUAGAGGCCUUCGGUAACGCAAAGACUGUAAGGAAUGACAACUCAUCCCGUUUCGGUAAAUUUAUCCGUAUUCAUUUCGGCCCAAUGGGUAAACUGGCCGGUGCUGAUAUUGAAACAUAUCUGCUGGAGAAAGCUCGUGUGAUCUCUCAACAAUCACUCGAGCGUUCCUACCACAUUUUCUACCAGAUGAUGUCUGGUGGCGUUGAAGGCCUUAAAGAAAGAUGUCUGUUGUCUGACGAUAUCUAUGACUACCACUUUGUGUCUCAGGGAAAAAUUGAAAUUCCCAAUGUGGAUGACGCCGAGGAAAUGAGACUCACCGAUACGGCCUUCGACAUCUUGGGCUUCACUCAAAUACAAAAAGAUGAAAUUUACAAAAUCACCGCUGCUUGCAUGCACAUGGGAGAGAUGAAAUUCAAGCAAAGGCCUCGAGAAGAGCAAGCCGAGCCAGAUGGAACAGAGGAAGGAGAAAGGAUUGCUCAUUUGCUGGGUAUCAACGCUGCCGACUUGUACAAAAAUUUGUGUAAACCCAAAAUCAAAGUCGGUAAUGAAAUGGUAACCCAAGGCAGAUCUCAAGUACAGGUAAUCUCUUCACUGGGUGCUCUAGCUAAAGCUAUGUUUGACAGAACUUUCAAAUGGUUGGUAAAGAAAUUGAAUGAAACUCUGGAUACCCAACAGAAAAGGCAGCAUUUCAUUGGUGUAUUGGAUAUUGCCGGAUUUGAGAUCUUCGACUUCAAUGGCUUUGAGCAGCUGUGUAUCAACUUCACAAACGAGAAACUUCAGCAAUUCUUCAAUCAUCACAUGUUCGUCCUGGAGCAGGAAGAAUACACACGCGAAGGGAUUGAGUGGGUCUUCAUUGAUUUUGGACUUGAUCUUGCAGCCUGUAUCGAACUGAUAGAGAAGCCUUUAGGUAUUUUAUCAAUUCUUGAAGAGGAAAGUAUGUUUCCUAAAGCCACAGACAAAACCUUCCAGGACAAGUUAAAUGCCAACCACUUGGGUAAAUCUCCUAACUUUGUGAAACCUAAGCCACCGAAACCAGGACAACAGGAGGCUCACUUCGCUAUUGCUCAUUAUGCUGGCACUGUACCAUACAAUAUAACCGGCUGGUUGGAAAAGAAUAAGGAUCCUCUGAAUGACACUGUCGUUGAUCAGAUGAAGAAGGGCUCUAACAAACUGGUGACUGAGAUCUUUGAGGAUCAUCCAGGUCUUGGAGGUGAUGAUAAGUCUGGUGGCGGAGGCAAGGGCGGAGGCAGGAAGAAGGGUUCUGGUUUCCAGACUGUCUCCGGUCUUUACAGGGAGCAGCUUAAUAGAUUGAUGGCCAGCUUGCACAGCACACAACCUCACUUUGUACGUUGCAUUAUCCCCAACGAGAUGAAACAACCAGGUGUCAUUGAUGCUGCUUUGGUGAUGCACCAACUGACCUGUAACGGUGUACUGGAAGGAAUCCGUAUUUGCAGAAAAGGAUUCCCCAACAGGAUGAUCUAUCCAGAUUUCAAACAACGUUAUACAAUUUUAGCAGCCAGCGCCGUUCCAAAGGGUUUCGUCGAUGCAAAGAAGGUCUGUGAAUCUGUAUUGGAAGCAAUCCAGUUGGACAAAAAUGAUUAUCGUCUUGGCAACACCAAGGUAUUUUUCCGAGCUGGAGUCUUGGGUCGUCUUGAAGAAAUGCGUGAUGACCGAUUGGCCAAAAUUGUCACUUGGUUACAAGCUUGGAUCAGGUGGUACCUCAGCAAGAAAGAGUUCAAGAAGCUGCAGGAACAAAGGGUUGCCUUGCUUGUUAUUCAACGCAAUCUCCGAAAGUUCCUUCAACUUCGCAAUUGGUUAUGGUACAAAUUAUACAUCAAAGUCAAGCCUCUUCUCAGUAUGGCCCGCGUAGAAGAUGAAAUAAAAGAACUAGAAGAGAAACUGAAGAAAGCAUUGGAAGGUUUGGAGAAGGAAGAGAAGUUAAGGAAAGAUCUGGAACACCAAAAUGUUAAACUUCUCCAAGAGAAAAAUGAUUUAUUCUUACAGCUCGAGUCUGAGAGGUCAGGAAGUGGUGACAUGGAAGAACGUCUCGCGAAAACAAUUUCCAUCAAAAAUGACCUCGAAGGACAACUUCAGGAAUUACAAGAAAGAUUGUCCCGAGAAGAAGAUGCCCAUUCCAAUCUCAACCAAAAUAAAAAGAAGCUGGAAAGUGAAAUGUCCAACCUGAAGAAAGAAAUUGAAGAUCUCCAAUUAGUCAUCCAAAAGGCUGAGCAAGACAAAUCUUCUAAGGAUCACCAGAUUCGAAACUUGAAUGACGAAAUUGCUCAUCAGGAUGAGCUCAUUAAUAAACUCAACCGAGAGAAGAAACAAUUGCAAGAAAUGGGACAGAAAACCGGCGAGGACCUUCAAGCCACUGAAGACAAACUGAACCACAUGAACAAAGUAAAAGCCAAGUUGGAACAGACUUUGGAUGAGCUUGAAGAUUCCUUAGAACGAGAAAAGAAGCUUCGGGCUGAUGUUGAAAAGAAUAAGAGAAAAGUUGAAGGAGAUCUUAAACUUGCUCAGGAAGCUGUUGCUGAUCUCGAGAAGAACAAAAAAGAACUUGAGCAGAGCUUACAAAGGAAAGAAAAGGAGAUGGCUAGCUUAGCAGCCAAACUUGAAGAUGAGCAAAGCCUUGUUGCCAAACUUCAGAAGCAAAUCAAAGAACUCCAGGCCAGAAUUGAGGAAUUGGAGGAAGAAUUAGAGGCUGAAAGGCAAGCAAGAGCAAAGGCCGAAAAACAACGUGCUGACCUAGCCCGUGAAAUUGAAGAACUGAGUGAAAGGUUGGAAGAAGCUGGCGGUGCCACAUCUGCUCAGGUUGAACUCAACAAGAGGCGAGAGGCUGAGAUGGCUAAACUCAGGAGAGAUCUGGAAGAAGCCAAUAUUCAACAUGAACAGAUUUUGACCAACCUCAGGAAGAAACACAACGACGUUGUUGCAGAGCUCAGUGAACAAAUCGAUCAACUGAACAAGCACAAAGCCAGGUUAGAAAAAGAGAAGGCACAAAUGAAGGGUGAGCUUGAUGAUGUACGAUCAAGCGUAGAUCAUGUGAACAAAGAAAAGGCUAAUGCAGAGAAGCAAGCUAAGCAGCUGGAAAUGCAACUAGGUGAACUGCAAGGCAAAAUGGAUGAAGCACACAGAUCUCUAGGGGACUUGGACGCUGCUAAGAAGAGGUUAACAGUAGAAAACAGUGAACUCCAGAGGCAACUGGAAGAAGCGGAAUCUCAAGUUAGCCAACUUAGCAAGCUUAAAACUUCCCUGCAGACACAGCUUGACGAUGUCAAACGAAUGGCUGAUGAAGAAAGCAGGGAACGUGCCACUGCUAUGGGCAAAUUCCGCAGCGUAGAGCACGACUUGGACAGUUUCAGGGAACAAUUAGAAGAAGAACAAGAAGCUAAAGCUGAUUUGCAAAGGCAGCUGAGCAAAGCUAAUGCUGAGGUACAACUCUGGAGGUCAAAAUACGAAAGCGAAGGAUUGGCCCGUUUGGAAGAACUAGAGGAAUCAAAGAGGAAGCUUGAUGCUAAGUUGCAGGAAGCUAUGGAGACUAUUGACCAACUGAAUGCUAAAUGCAGCGGUCUCGAAAAGACCAAGUCUCGUUUACAAGGUGAACUCGAGGACAUGACGAUUGAAGUUGAAAAGGCUAAUGCCAUGGCAGCUGCUAUGGAGAAGAAGCAAAAAUCCUUCGAUAGAAUCAUUGCUGAAUGGAAACAGAAAGUUGAUGAUCUGGCAGCUGAACUUGAUGCUUCUCAGAAAGAAUGCAGGAACUAUUCCACUGAAGUAUUCAAACUUAGGUCUCAAUAUGAAGAAAGCCAAGAACACUAUGAAGCUGUUAAGAGGGAAAAUAAGAACCUUCAAGAUGAAAUCAAAGACCUCGUUGAUCAACUUGGUGAAGGAGGAAGGAGCGUACACGAGUUGGAAAAAGCACGGAAGAGAUUAGAAAUGGAAAAGGAAGAGUUACAAGCUGCCCUUGAAGAAGCUGAAGCUGCUCUUGAGCAAGAAGAGAAUAAGGUUCUGAGAGCACAGCUGGAACUUUCCCAAGUGAGACAGGAAAUUGACAGGCGAUUACAAGAAAAAGAAGAAGAAUUUGAAAACACAAGGAAGAAUCAUCAACGCGCCAUCGAUUCCAUGCAAGCUAGUCUCGAAGCUGAAGCUAAAGGCAAGGCUGAAGCUCUGAGGAUGAAGAAAAAGCUUGAGAGCGACAUCAACGAAUUAGAGAUCGCUUUAGACCAUGCCAAUAAGGCUAAUGCAGAAGCACAGAAGAAUCUCAAGAAGUACCAAAUUCAACUGAAAGAAGUGCAACAAGCUUUGGAAGAAGAACAAAGAGCGCGAGAUGAAGUUCGUGAACAGUAUGCCAUGUCUGAGAGAAGGUGUAAUGCCAUGCACGGAGAAUUGGAAGAAAGCAGGCAGCUUUUGGAACAAGCUGAUCGCGCUCGCCGAGCAGCUGACAGUGAGCUGGCUGAACUCCACGAGAAUGUGAACGAAUUAUCUGCACAAAACUCUUCUCUUUCCAUGGCAAAGAGAAAGCUUGAAGGUGAGAUGCAAGCUCUGCAUGCCGAUCUCGAUGAAAUGUUGAACGAAGCCAAAUCUUCUGAAGAGAAAGCCAAGAAGGCCAUGGUAGAUGCAGCUCGUCUUGCUGAUGAACUAAGAGCUGAACAGGAACACGCUCAACAACAAGAGAAAAUGCGCAAGGCUAUGGAGGCUCAGAUAAAGGAAUUACAGGUCAGGCUUGAUGAAGCAGAAGCUGCAGCACUAAAGGGUGGCAAGAAGAUUAUCCAGAAACUCGAACAGAAGGUACGGGAACUGGAAACCGAAUUAGACAAUGAACAACGCCGUCAUUCUGAAGCAGCCAAGAAUGUCAGAAAGUCUGAGCGCCGCGUGAAGGAACUGCAAUUCCAAGCCGAUGAGGACCGCAAGAACCAUGAACGCAUGCAAGACCUCGUCGACAAACUCCAGCAGAAGAUCAAGACUUACAAGAGACAGAUAGAAGAAGCCGAAGAAAUCGCUGCUUUGAACUUGGCCAAAUUCCGAAAGGUCCAACAAGAAUUGGAAGAUGCCGAGGAGCGAGCAGACAUGGCUGAGAACGCCGUUGCAAAACUUCGUGCCAAAAACCGCAGUUCUGCUUCUGCCGGCCGAGCUAUGAGCCCGCCAAUGGGUCAUGCACAGGCUAUUCAUCCUCUCAUGCAAAAGCCAUACUUCACUUCUGAUAACCUUCAAGUGCCCGUGAUGAACCUCCCCACCGCCUUUGCUGUUCCUUGCCAAACAACCGCAGACACCGACGUUACUGCUGAAUAAUAAGCCCGACCAAAUACUUCGUUCAUUUCGAGGAGCUGAGAGAGUGUAAAUGGACAUUAGUUAAAAAUACCCUCGAUUUCGACUACAAAAUGAUCAAAAACGUAAAAUUCGAUUAGCAGACUUUUUAUACGAUUCAAAAUGCAUUUCCCUCAAGUAAACUGAAGUAUUUGCAAAGCUUUUCCUCAAAUUUGUUCACUUAUAUGUUUCAUGUUGUCAAUUGUCAUCUGUGAAAAAAUGCAAAAAUAAUAUUCUAGAGACUGUAUUGUGGAAGAAAGGGUAAAGAAUAUGAGAUCUGUAUUUUAAUUAUGUCAACAGUACUAUUACAAUAAAACGAUAUGUACUCUUUGAAA